CGCGCAAACAAAGCUCUUCUUUGUCUUCUUCAUAUCCAAAACAAAACACAAAGUACAUAAUUCAGCAAUGCUCGUCGCAUUACACUCCUUUACGCGGCGAUCAGUGGACGAAAUCGAUCUUGAGAAGGGAGAUCGCAUAGAGGUCAUCGAGACCGACGAAGGCUUCAACGAUGGGUGGUACAUGGUAUGUUUAUAUUUCGUCUCGUCACCUCCGUGUCGCAUCCGUUUUCUCUCCUUCCUCCAACCUUUUGCUAACAGCCGUCCUAUUCCAGGGCCGAAACCUCUCUACGAACCUCACUGGACUUUUUCCGUAUGUUUAUACUGCAGAGGCUCCCGAUGAAUCGCCCCGGCACGCCUCUGUAUAUGAGGCUAUCAACCAGGUCGAAGACGCGCUCUCCGACAUGAGCACGCCUACACCCGCCACCGUCCUCGAGUGGUCGCCGAACGACGUGCAGGCAUAUUUUAUGUCCCUCGGAUUUGAGCCAGAAGUCUGCUCUAAGUUUGUUGAGCACAAGAUCACCGGCACUAUCCUUCUCGAAUUAGAACUUCCUCUAUUAAAGGAGCUCGAUAUCCCAAGUUUCGGCACACGUUUCGAACUCGACAAGCUCAUCAAGUCGCUCCGUACUGCGGCCCAGACCCCAAAGCAACAGUCUUCUCAUCCACAGCCGCCGGUCCAAAAGCAGCCGACGACCCCUCAGCAGCCGUACAACAAGCAUACUUCGGUCGUGCAACCUCUAGAGACAGAGUACCGGUCGCGCGCGCUCCCUCGCGACUCGGUCGCCCAUUACCGUCAGCGCUCGCAGUCUCUAGACGACCGCGACUCCCGCCACCGGUCUGGAAUGCCGUCGUUUGACAAAAACUGGCAGCUUCCUAGCUCGCCUAUGGCUCAGUCGCCUGCACAGUCCCCUAUACAGUCACCCGCGCAGUCGCCACCGCAGCAAGUCACUCCUCUCGUUCCCACUCAGCGAACAUUUGCUCCCUACGGCAACGGCAGUCACCACGACAGUGCCAGCGCUGCUAUUGAUGAGACUCUUGACAAGAUUGUCAAUUCUCCCGCCACUGGGACCUUUUCGUCGCCUCAACCUGAGCGGAGUAUGCAGCCUGACUUGAGCAGGUCCUCUGAGAGCCCAGAAUCAAAAGUUCGGAAUUCAUACCUCGAGGAGUCUCGCCAGCGCGCGCUCUAUCAGCAGCAACUCCACUCCCCUCAAUUAUACGAGCAGGAUGUUGAGCCGAUGGGAGACCCACAUACUGAUUCGCCCGUAGCAGGCAGCAGUAGCCCAGCGACGCCUUAUUCACAGUCCAACUCUAGUUCUAUGCCGCCACCUCUGCCCACGAAUUCAUCGUCAACAACGGUGCAUUCUUCUGCAACAAACAGUAUCCCUCAGACUCCAGAGCUUCCUUCCAUGCCCUACGAUGGCAACCUGGACUCUGCUGCUUUGAAGGCUCGCACGAAUACAGGUGGCAAUGCGGGUCUUGGUCUGUCAUAUGCAAACUUGACCUCCUCGCCCCGUCCAGGGGUUGGCAACCGCGUUAUCUCGGCUCCCAUGUCGCCGUCAGAAAAGGCAGAGCAUACUCUACGCUCAGCUUCGGCGAACGCCGCGAAGCCGAAGAAGCUCACUAAACAGCAAACUUCUGCCUUUGUCGAGGGCCGUAUGGCUGUCACUCCAAGCUCCGCGGCUGCUACUGCCGAGUUUUCUGGCUGGAUGUCGAAACGGGGUGGCAGCGGUGUUGGCGUGUGGAAGAACCGGUUUUUCACUCUUCAUGGCACCAGAUUAUCGUACUUUGCCACCAACGACGACCAAAAGGAGCGCGGAUUGAUCGAUAUCACUGCUCAUAAGGUCGUACCCGUCAAGGCGAACGAAGACAGACUCGUGUCUUUAUACGCGGCAUCUACUGGCGCUGGAAGGUAUUGUUUUAAGCUUGUCCCACCUGCGCCGGGUGCGCGCAAGGGCGUGACUUUCACUGCCCCAAAAACGCAUUAUUUUGCUGUUGAUUCGCGGGAAGACAUGCGUCUGUGGAUGAAUGCACUGAUGCGAGCUACUAUCGACCGGGAUGAUACAGUGCCUGUUAUUUCGUCGUGUACGACGCCAACCGUCUCGCUCGCGAAAGCACGGGAGAUGAGUUUGCUGGCGAUGGAGGCACGCGCCGAGGAGCUUAGGAUGGAGCUGCCGAGCACAAGGACUAGCAGCGAGAGUCCCGCGUCGUCCAACGUGUCGACACCGGAGCUUUCGAUGAGUGAGCCACGAAGUGAAGGGGAAUCGAAUGGCAAUAAUAGCAAUAUUGAGGGAUUCAAAGAUCUAGCGAUCGCCAACUAGGCCUCACCUGAGACUUGUCAGUAGUCUGUCACGACUCAGU